CAUCUUAAUUUUUUAACUCCCUGAAUGCAGCACGGUAGGCAUGAGGAAGUGGUUUAGGAGCCAAGCGAAAUGAAGGGUUUUUGAGUUGGGGAAACUGAAUUUAGACUCCACUUUCAAGGACAGGCAUAAAACAGCUGAACGAGCCAUGGACAACAUUCAGAUCCGGAAGUUUCAUGAUGAAGAUGCUGAUGUUGUGAAGGAGCUCUUCACCUUGGGGAUGAGUGAGCACGUGCCUUCAUCCUUUAUGCACGUUCUGAAGCAGCCGCUGACCCAGAUGGUCCUCAUGUGCAUGUUCUGCGCUCUCCUGACCAGCUCUAAGUCCUUCCUGCUUCCCGUCUUGGCCGUCACCUUCUGCCUGGCUGGAGCCCGGCAGAUGGUCGUCUACAUGUUCAACAAAUACAUCGAAGCCACGUUCAGAAAGGACCUCAACAACAUCAGUGAGACCUACCUGAAAGGGAAAGACUCAUGCUUUUGGGUGGCUGAUAGCGAUGGCCGGGUAGUGGGUUCGGUGGCUUGUCUUCCUGCUGAGGAUGCUCCUGGUUGCUUGAAGCUGAAACGCUUGUUGGUCCGCCGCAGUCACCGCGGGAUGGGCAUCGCAAAGGCUCUGUGUCGUACAGUGGCUGAAUUUACUCGCGACAGGGGUUACGGAGCUGUAAUACUGCAGACUUCUGUGGUGCAGACAGAUGCUCAGAAGCUGUACGAGCACAUGGGCUACAAAAAGAUAAGAGAGUUUGUCGUUCCAGAGUUUCUUGCCAAAAUCCUAAACUUCACCCUGCUUGAGUACAGACUUGAUUUACAGCAGGACUGAGGAAUGGACUGAAUCAGAUAUAAACACUGAAAACCAUUUCAGGGCAGCAGUACAACACAUUUAUCUAGUUCCUCCACUCUGUGUUUUCCCAGUAUGUAUUUGAUUGAGGCAGAAACACUCUGGACAGGUCGGGCAUGGGGGGUUGAGAUGGGGGUGUGUUUACUCAACACUUGUAGAGCUGGUCCAGUUGUGUUUUCUCCUGUUUCAAACACACACAAGAUCGUUACUGUUUUAUUUGUGUGUGAAAUAGUUGGUUCCACAAAAUGUUAAAGUAGAAAAACUCAGCUUUUGUUAAGGGUUUUGUGUUGAUUUGUCAUUUUAUUUAACUUCUACAUGACUUUAACAAUAAAUGUAUACAUCUGAACACAAAA